AUGCCGCCCAAGAAGGACACGGGCGGAGAUACGCAUGAGCUUGUAGCAGGCUUUACUGACAGAGAGACCAAGCUUCUAGCCGCCGCCUUCUUGAGCUCUACUGCCCCCGACAAAUACGACUACGACCUCAUGGCCGCCCUCACCAACAACACGACCGGCUCCCUCAAGAAGAUGUGGCCCAUCGUCAAGAGGAAGGCUAUUGAUAGCCAUUCCUCUUUCGCCAAGUUCAUGGGUCACUCUGAAUCUGCCGAUGGUGGCUCGUCCAAGUCUCCUUUCACGCCCAAGUCCAAGAAGCGCAAGGUUUCUGACGACGCGGCCGAGGAAGCCGAUGAAUCUGACCAGGAGCCGUCCGAGUCGGAGAAGAAGGCGUCCAAGGGCAAGAAGCCUGCUGUCGAGAAGCCCGCUGCCGAGAAGAAGCGCCGCGGUCGUCCCAAGAAGCAGCCCAAGACCGAGGAAGUUGCCAUCUACGAGGACAAUGACCACGCCAAGGCUUCUGAAGGCACCAACGACGAAGUUGCCGAAUCCGAGCAGGACAAGUUCGAUUCGCCCAAAGUCAACAAGCCCGCUGCUGAGAAGCCCGCUGUCGAGAAGAAGCGCCGCGGUCGUCCCAAGAAGCAGCCCAAGAGCGAAGAAGCUCCCGCCCACGAGGACAAGGGCAACGCCGAGGACAAGGACAACGACGAGAACUCGGCUGACGGCGGCGACGGCCUCGGUGAGUUCAUCUUUACCAAAAACAUCGAGGCGUGGCUGGAAAAUACUGACAGUGAGUUAGAUGCCCAAGCCGAGACUGCAGUCUAG